CGACUAUCAAGUCGGCCAGACGUGCGAAGGGAGUGUGCCAUCGAGUGAAUCUUCAUUGCAAUCACAAUCACAUUUCACUUCUCUCGAUUUUUUAUCUCCUUUCUUUAUUUUUCAUUCGUAAACUCUUUCGCCUCCCUUAAUUGUUCAUCUCACUCCUUCUCAUCUCUCCCCACUCUUUCGACUCUUCCAUCCCCUUUUUCCCUUUUCUUUGUCCCUCUCUCCUCUCUUUCGGUGUCUAGUUUCUACCAGUUGAAUCCUUUUCCCAACCAACGAGGAUCGAUUCACGGAGCCUCACUUUGACGUUCGACUUGGGCCUCGCUCGCCGCCGCCGAGUCCAGUCUCGGGACAGCCUUUGCUGCAAAUAGUCGAGGAUUCGCACAUUCAGGGAUCAUAUAAUGGUCACACUGAACAGGAAGUGGCUGGAAAGCUGACCAGCAGGACUUUUAGGGAACCUCUAUUUUUUAAUUAAUUUAAUUUAUCCGCUGAUUAAUCAAAAGUGUGCGAAAGAAAUUUAACAAAGUGUUUGUCAUCGUAAUUCCUCAAGCAUGGAUCCUUACUCAUUCAGUGUUGAACGCGAAGCGUCUAAAAAUAUUGAAGAAAACGAAAGGGAGUGUUUCAAAGAUGCCAUUGUGUCCAGCAGAAGUCUCAACAAAGGAUUCGUCGAACCAACGAGGAUCAAAAAUGCAUUUCCUGAGAUCUGCGCCUGCAUUAUUGCAGCUUCCUUCCACAUUGCUGUGGGUCUCAGUAUGGCAUACUCAGCCGUAAUAAUUCCAGUUUUACGAGGAUCGGAGAACUCAACUGAAACCAAUUCAAGUCUAACCAAUGAAAAUGCAACGUUUCAGGAAUUACAUGCCUCCAAAGAACAGUGUUCCUGGAUAGCCAGUAUUGUGAUCCUCUGUACACCAUUGGGUGCCUUCAUAGGAAGUUUUCUGAUGGAAUCUCUGGGUCGAAUCAGAACUCUUCAAAUUGGAGUGAUUCCCUGUGUGGCAGGAUAUAUCUUGAUAGCUUCGGCCCAAAACCUUCCAAUGAUUUUCUUCGGUCGAGUCUUGGCGGGAUUAGCAACAGCUUUAGCAACAUCCCCAGCAAUUGUCUACAUAACUGAGGUUGCGAGGCCAGAAUUAAGAGGCGCCUUGAUGUCCUUUGGACCCACUUUGGCCUCCUUUGGAAUGCUUCUUGCAUACCUAAUGGGUGCUUUCGUUUCGUGGAGACUCGUCGCUUGGUUCAGCAUCAUUUUCGCAGUCUUUCCUCUUUUUCUCAUCCAAAUUGUCGUCCCGGAGUCUCCUGUCUGGUUAGUGUCGAAAGGCAGAUUCGAGGAUGCGAGAAAAAGUUUAGAAUGGUUUUACAGAUUGGAAGAACCUGGAAAAGUGGCUGCGGGACUCGAAGCACAAUUUACGACGAUUAUGAAGGAAAAUGAGAUAAGAUUGAGUGAUCAACGGAGAAGUAAACAUGGAGGUUUUUCUACAAAAUUAAGGGCUUUUCUAAAACCGACAGGGUGGAAACCUAUGUUCAUUCUAUUCAUGUUCUUCCUUUUUCAACAAUUCUCGGGAAUUUAUAUCACUCUUUUCUACGCGGUCAACUGGUUUGAUGGUGUCCAAGUUGAUGCAUACGUAGCUUCAAUUUUGGUGGGAUUGACAAGAUUUUUAUGCUCAAUGGUCAACACAGUUCUUCUUCGACGUUGCAAAAGACGCGUUCUUUGCAUUAUUUCCGGCUUCGGUAUGGCCAUCUGUAUGUCAGUGUCUGGCUAUUUCAAAAUGAAAAUUGAAGAGGGAAGCACUGAAGGGAAUUGGGUACCAGUUCUUUGUCUUCUAUUGUAUGUUUGCACAUCGAUGAUUGGAAUGUUGACUAUUCCCUGGACAAUGACUGCGGAACUUUUUCCGACCGAAAUCCGUCACAUUGCCCAUUCGAUCAGUUAUUCCAUGGCAAAUAUGCUCAUGUUUGGGGCAGUACAAAGUUAUUUUGGACUAAUAGAAUUCCUGGGAGCUCCCCAUCGUCUUCACUGGUUCUUUGCCGGCGUUUCUCUCGGCGCGGCCGUUUUCGUCUGGCUCCUGCUUCCAGAAACCCACGGGAAAAAGCUUUCCGAAAUCGAAGAAUACUUCCACAACAAUUUCAUCGCGGCUGGAUCCGAAUCGAAAGAAAGACGUCGACGCUUGAAAAGAAGAACUCAGCAAAAAGCCAAAGCUGCUGCAAAGGAACCUCUGAACUCCAGAGCAGCCCAGCCUGUUUAAUCUCUCCUCGCUCCUUACAAAUCUCAAUGUCAGAGGCUAGUGUAAUUUUUAAUCUCCAACUAUCAACAACAGUUGUUGAAAAAUGUUGCAAUUCAAAUUUCGCGCCAACUAACGCCACACUCAAACAUAACCUCUGAUUUCCAAGUAAUUUGGCGCGAAGUUUAAAUUUGCAUUUUAAUUGUUCAAGUCGAGAAAGGAAAAACUGCGAAGCGACAAGUGAAAAAAUUUUUUUGACCCAUUAUGAAAAAUGUAGCGUAGGACAUGAAUGGACCGAAACUGACUGUGAUGAGAAUGUUGAUCUGGAAAGUUGGCGCUUCACAGUUUUUGAGGCCAUGAUUAUUAUGCACUUUCACUUGAUCAUCAGUUAACUUGACUGCGUCGAGCGCUGACGGGGAAACAAUUACAUACAAAGGACUCAAUGUUAUUUUUAUAGUAUAUUGAUGAUAAAUAUCAAUAUUUAUCAUUUUAUUAUUUCAAUAAAUUAACUUUUUAAUGAAAUAAGGGUUAUUCGUAUGCAUUUGGACCGUUGCUUUUCCCUUAACAAUCGACGAAGUGACGUUGGCUGGCGAUUAGGUGAAAAUACCUGAUAAACAACGAUUCGGAAAGUAAAAGUAGUUAAGGUUGUACUUAGCAUCGAGAUUUUCAUGCUUAAAAAAAUCUGAAUGUGCCUUUCUAUUUUUUGUAAUUUUACUUUAGUGUAGAGAAGAAUAGUAUUAUAAUUUUAGAAUUAAUUUCUUGCGAUAGAUUUUUCAAGAAUACUCGCUAAGAUUUUGUGUAGAAGAAUUAAUGAAAUUUGGACUACUUGAUUGCUUAGAAUUUUAUAGACCGUUUUUACCAUGUUUUAAUUUAUAAUUAAGUAUUUAAACGACGUUUCGGAAUGUAUACGACGCUAAAUGAUGUAUGAUACUUGAAGGUUUCAAAUUGUAUGUUUGUACGUGUCUCUAAUUUCCAGUAAACCAUGCCAUUGUUAACCAGGGUAUUAUUAAAUGCUACGUUUGUGAUACAAUUUGCUUCUUAUUCGAAAUCCACACAAAUUGUGGUAUGGAGACAAGAGUGAUCUACUUCAAUAUUUCGUUAUAGUAAUUCUACAGUUAUACCGAUGCGAUAUUUGUAUAUUGAAUUUUAAAGUGUAAUCAGAUACCCAAUUAUAGCCACAUUUUUCUAAUAAACUCUAAUCAUUAUUUCA